CUCAAACCCAGCAGUUGGUUUCUAGUUGAAUUGGUCUCUGGUGUUUCCAGCAGAGUGACAUCAUGGCGUCUGCAGCAUCAGAUGAUCUGCUGCCUCUGAAACGCAGGAGCAGCAUGAGCGUCCUGCCUCCUCACAUGUCUGAGCUGAGGGUUGUUCUGCUGGGGAACAGCUGGUCUGAGAGGAGUUCAGUGGGGAACUUCAUACUGGGAGAGACUAAGUUCAACACUGAUGAAGAACCAGACGACUGUCUGACAGUCAGAGGACAGUUAAAAGAGAAAGAAAUAGUUCUCAUCAACACCCCAGAUCUGCUGCAUCCCAACAUCUCUCAACACAAACUGACAGAACAUGUGACAAACUUUGUGAGACUCUCUGAUCCUGGACCUCAUGUGUUCCUGCUGGUUCUACAGCCUGAAGACUUCACUGAGAAACACAAACUGAGGCUCUGCAGAGUCCUGAAACUCUUCAGUGAUCGAUCAUUUGAUCAUUCACUGGUUCUGAUAUCAACACCCAGAGUGGAGGUUCCAGGUUUCAUGGAAAAAUACAUGGAACAGCCUCCGUUAAAAGACCUGAUCAGAAAAUGUAGACACAGAUACCUGAAGCAGAAGAACCUCGAACUUCCAGAGCUGUUAACACGCUUGGAUCAAAUCGUAAAAGAGAACAAUGGAGAGCAUGUCAGCUGUGAUGUGUUUGAGGACACAACAGCUUCUUUACCAGGGUUGUAUGGUGUUACAAAAAUCCCUGAACAACUCUCACUAUCAGAGAAAACCCCAAAGACUCACACAUCUGGAUUCAGGAUUGUGCUGCUGGGAAAAUGUGACGACAAACAGACAAAACUUGGUAACUUCAUCAUCAGGGACCAAGGUUUUAAUCACCACAAAACCUCCCCAACCGGGCAAAGUGUGGCCACCUGUGGAGAGUGGAGAGGAAAACCAUUAACAGUAGUGAAAACUCCAGACAUCUUCAGUCUGACUGUGGAGAAGCUGAGAAGAGAGGUGAAGAGCUGUGAGACUCUUUGUCCUCCUGGACCAAAUGUUCUGCUGCUGUUAGUGAAGCCUUCUGAUUUCACUGAGGAGAACAGACAAACACUGAAGUUCAUCCUGAGUUUGUUUAGUCAAGAUGCUUUUAAACACUUAAUGGUCAUCAGCACACAUGAUGGAACAAGUAGCUCUGUCAGUCAGCUGCUUAAAAACUGUGGAGGAAGACACUACAGGAUGGUAGAAGAAGACCAUGGACAGCUGAUGGAGAAGAUUGAGAACAUUGUGCAUGAAAACAAAGGAACCUUCUUCACCUUCACUGAAGAGACCAUCAGACCAAAGUCUGAACACAUCAAACCAGCUUUAAACCUGGUUCUGUGUGGGAGGAGAGGAGCAGGGAAGACUUCAGCAGCCAAGGCCAUUUUAGGUCAGACAGAGUUUCAUUCAGUCUCCAACUCAUCAGAGUGUGUUAAACAUCAGGGAGAGGUGUGUGGACGUUGGGUUUCCCUGGUGGAGCUGCCUGCCUUGUAUGGACAACCUCAGGAGGCAGUGAUGGAGGAAUCACUCAGGUGUAUCUCCCUCUGUGAUCCUGAGGGCGUCCAUGUCUUCAUCCUGGUCCUACCUGUGGGUCCCCUCACUGAUGAAGACAAGGGAGAGUUAAAGACCAUCCAGAACACAUUCAGCUCUCGAGUCGAUGACUUCACCAUGAUUCUGUUCACUGUGGAGUCAGAUCCUGCAGCUCCAGCUGUUGUUAACUAUCUAAAGGAAAACAAGGACAUCCAGGAGCUCCGUCAGAGCUGUGGAGGAAGAUAUGUUGUUCUCAACAUCAAGGACAAGCAGCAGAUCCCAGAGCUGCUGGACAUGGUGGACAAGAUGAGACAAUCUGAAAAUAAACCAUCCUACUAUACAGCUGUAACAUUUGCACGUGCACAAAUGGAAAAGGUCAUACAACAAGAGAAGCUGAUGAAGAAGAACAAGAUCACUUGUGAUGAUGAGGAGCAGAGCCCAGAGAGUCUCAGGAUUGUGCUGAUAGGGAAGACUGGAAGUGGAAAGAGCUCUACAGGAAACGCCAUUCUAGGAAGAAAGGAGUUUAAAGCUGAAGCAGGUCAAAUAACAAUCACCAAACUUUGUCUAAAAGCACAGAGUAAAGUGGACGGUCGUCCGGUCGUUGUGGUCGACACUCCUGGUCUGUUUGACAAUAGUUUGACCCAUGAAGAGGUUCAUGAGGAGAUGGUGAAAUGCAUCAGUCUUCUGGCUCCAGGACCACAUGUCUUCCUGUUGGUGUUACAGAUCGGCAGAUUUACAGAAGAGGAGAAGGAGACAUUAAAACACAUCAAGGAAGGCUUUGGGAAGAAUGCUGAAAAGUUCACCAUCAUUCUUUUAACUGGAGGAGAUAAACUAAAGCAUGAGAAAGUUUCCAUUGAAGAAUACAUUGAACAUAAAUGUGAUGAUUCCUUUAAGAAGCUGAUCUCUGACUGUGGAGGAAGAUACCAUGUGUUUAAUAACUAUGAUGAACAAAACCGCACACAAGUCAGUGAGCUGAUAACCAAGAUUGACACCAUGGUGAAGGAAAAUGGAGGCAGCUGCUACACCAAUGAGACGCUGCAAGAGGCCGAGGCAGCUAUAAAGAAAGAAAUGGAGAGAAUCCUGAAGGAGAAGGAAGAAGAGAUGAAGAGAGAGAGGGAGGAACUUCAAAGAAAACACGAGAAAGAAAUGAAAGAGAUGGAAAGAAGAAUGAAAGAACAGAGAGCAGAAACUAAAAAGGAGAGAAAACUGAGAGAAAAACAACUUAAAGAAAAGGAGGAAAAGAUAAAGAAGGAACGUGAGGAGAGAAAGAAAGAACAGGAAAUGAGAGAAGAAGAAGACAAGAAGAGAAAACAACAGGAAGAAAUUCAACGACAGGAGUGGGAACGAAAGGUUGAAGCUUUGGAGCAAAAUAUAAGAUCAGAGUCAGAAUCAAAGGAAACCAUUGACAGAAAGCUGAAGGAGAGCAGAGAAGAGAUGAGAAAAGAACGAGAGAACUGGGAGAAAACACAAAAUUAAUGGUGGGAAAAACGAAAACAAGAAGACGAACAGAAACGACAGGAGGAACAAAGAAGACUUAGAAAGCUUCAAGAAGAAUACGAACAGGAAAGAGAAAAUGAUGAAAAGAAAAGAAAGGAAGAGGACAGAAUCAGAAGAGAACAAGAGGAAAAAGAGAAACAAGAUAAUGUGGAGAAACAUAAAGAAAUGGAGAAUCUGAAGAAGACACAUGAAGAAGAGGCCAGACAGAAAGCUGAAGAGUUGAACGAAUUCAAAGAGAAACACAACAAGGAGUUUGCAGCUCAGAAGCGACAGUAUAGAAAAAAAUCUAUGACUUAGUGAAAUGUGUGACCAAAAAUGGAGAAAAUCUGAUAAAAAUGAAUGACUUACUGAAAAAACAUGAAGAAGAAAUGAAGAAUCUGAAAACUGAGGAGGAAAAGAAAAAUCAACACGUGAAACACGUGACAAAGAACUAAGUGACCUGAUACAGGAACUUUUGAAACAAGCCGACAGAUCAAGCUGUUCCAUUUCAUGAGGAUUUGUUUCAUGUAAACGUCUCAUCAACAGAACAGCUUCAGAUGUUUUUUUUUUAUUUUUUCCUGUUUUCCUUUGUUUCAAUAACUGAAACUUUAAAGAAACAGAGAUUUCAUUGUGAUAUUUAGCAGUGGACUACACUGUGAUGCAGACCAUGGCCAUAGAAAUACUUCUCAUUGGCUGUCAGGUUUCAGCAGUCUAUAAUAUUAAACUGCAGGUAACCAUAGCAACAGUACUGAUACAGUUAUCUGACUGGUGAAACUAAAACCUUGUGCAGAAUAUAGGCUACAGCUCGUUUUGUUGAUACACUUGUACUGUGCGUUGUCCCAGAUGAAACAUGUUAUAACUUGAUUACAGAUAAUUUCUUCCCACAGAUCCUCUGGAGUUCAGCCUCUGCAUACUGCUCGACAGAAUAUCUAUGCAUAUCUAUCGUAAAUGACAUGUAAAUAAAAACAAAACAUAGUAAUGUAGUUUUCUCUUCAUUUGGCUUACGUGUUGUGAAAACGACGCUUGUAAUGCCGGGAAAACCCAGUUUUUUAUAAAUUGCAACCUCAUUUUAGCAGAUUCCGCGAUACUCUGCGUUCAACAGCUGAUUCCAUUUUUAUUAUCAAAUUCUGGAUUCCAUUGUUUACUGUAUCACAGAAAUCAUAGGGCUCUAGCUAACUAAGUAGUUUGUUGCCUAAAUCUAACCAAACUGCAUUGUUUCACAACAUUAACCACUAGUUUUAUUUUGAAAGUUUAACCGUUGUUGCAUAUUUAUUUUUGCUAACUUGCGGAGCCCUACACAUACAAAAAUGACCAAAGGCUACCCAGGGCAUUAAAAAGCAACAUCCUGACAAAGCAUCAAUCUGUGACGAUCUGGGAUCUGAUGAUACAAUCAAAACACAAAGUAUUUGUUCUGAUAAAAUAUUUUCAUGUUUUGAAUAUGAGAAAGAACAUGAUGUUUGUGCUGGAAGUGAAAUAAAAUGUUUAGAUGUCAUUCACCCUGUUUUCUCUGCAAAUCACAAAUAUCACAGCAAAUAUGAAACAUUAAACAACAUGAAGAUCAUUUAAACUGCUGAUCAGAUCAAUCAGAAUGAUGCAGAAUGACAUUAUAGACGCUUUGCUUUAUAACUGAUGACAUCAACUUAAGACAGAAUUCAGAUCAAUCUUUAAUCUUUGCUUUCUUUGUUUGUGCUUCUAAAAGAUGAAUAAAGUGUUUCCCUGUA